UCAAGCUCUCCAAAAAAACCUCCGCCAGACCCUUUUUCCACCAACCCCACAGGUUCGGCCCAUUCCGCACAUACUGCACAGCCGCAUAUGACCACGACCACCACCACUUCCUUCGCCGCUGCUGACGAGAUCUCUCCCUCCAACGUCAACGACGACAAUAUGACGCUCGCAAAGCACCACUACCACACCGCCGCACCCAUCCCCACCAGCCUCAGCCCAGCCGACGUAAUCGAAGCCCUGCACGACCACAACAACGCCCUCAGCCUCCAAGCCCUCACCACCGGCCACUCCCCCAUCGAUACCCUCGAUCCACAAAUCCGCAAAGAUACAUUCUGGUACCCGCCCGACAUACACCCCAUUCAAGGCUACUCCGUUACUGAAGUCAUCACCUACAUGCCCUACUUCUCCUGGGGGCGCUACAACCUCACCUUCCCCACAAACUUCCAGAACACACCCAACGGCCUAAAAACCCGCGCAGAUGCCUCGGGAGUCAUCUUGCGCGCCGAGUUUCGGGUUCUGCGCGGUGAUUCUGCCGAGAGUGUUGUGGACGGCGAGGGCGCGGGGCUCGGUGAUGUCGAGUUCGUGCUGGUUGAGGAUGUAGAAGUGCAAUGCAGCUGGUACAUGAUGCCCUUUGUGCGCUCCAAAAUGGAAGCCGCCCACGCCGACAUCUGCCGCAAAGUAGUGGAAAAAGUCAUCAUGGAGAAGACCAUGGCGAGCGUCGCCAAGCAGGCCGCCAUCGAGAAGAACAAAUCCAGAGCCGAUACCCCUACAUCUGUCGGGUCGCAACCGCAUAGUAUCCAGAUCCACUCCCAAUCCUCGACGCCAACCAGAACCCGGUACUCGAUGGAGGGCGGAAAACCAGUCAGGAUCACGUCACCCAAUACUCCGACUACCCCCGCAAAAAUGGAUAGCUCGUUCCGCGUUGAGCUACCCGUGUUGCCGGAUUCGCCGCUGGAAGAGGCCGAGGAGGAAAGGCUGGCGCAGAGUAGCAGCAGCAGAAUCGAUACCCCAGAUACCACUCCAGAAGAGAAACCAGAAAAGGACGUUGUUGUGCUAGAAGCCGCCCCGCUACCGGAUAAGAUUACGUAUAAAUGA